AUGGCAGAGCUGAGCAACGAUAUUGGCUACGUGCUGUACUCGGCGCUGGGCUCGUUCUACAUCCCGAGCUGCAUCAUGGUGUUCGUCUACAUCCGCAUCUACUACGCGGCCAAAGCGCGCGCGCGCCGCGGCAUCCGCAAGCCGCCGCGGCGACCGCCGCCCGACGACAAGUGCACCUCCUUCACCACGACGCCCGCCUCGCCCGCGGGUACGGCGUUUGCAGGUGCUGGCGGCAGCGGCGGCGGCGGCGCGUCUCCGCAGCGCGGCCUGGUGGUGCAGGGCGGCGUGACGCUGGAGCAAGGGGGCGGCGGGGGCAUCGCCACGAUCGCGCAGCCCGCCUCGGCGCCCGUCGCCAUCCCCAUCGUGACGUGCGACCUCGCGUCCGACCUCAGCAUCAGCGACAACGCGCCCGACAACGGCGACUCCGCGGCCGACGGCGGCCAGGCCUCUGCCACCUGCUACCUGCAGGCGCCCGCCAAGGACACCCUCAGGUUAGCUGACACGGGCACCUCGUGUGGCCGGCAGGUGUCGCGGCUGUCGGCGUGCCGGCUGAGCGGCUCGACGCUGUCGGUGAACGGCGACGUGGUGGCGCGCUGCCGGGCGCCCAGCGUCGGCAUCGACACCGACCUCGUCAGCGAGUUCGACCCCUCCAGCUCGGACUCGGGCGUCAUCAGCCGCUGCGCCGUCGUCAAGCCGCUCAAGCUGCGCCUCUGCGAGCCCAUCUUCGGCGGCCGCAAGUCCAAAGCGGCGGGCAAGAGGCCAGGCGUCGAGACUGCUACAAUGGCAAAGGAGUAUUUGGUUAAUGUGGUUGCGCCUCAGAAGCCGCGCGACCCCGAGCGCGAGAAGCGCCGCCUAGCCCGGAAGAAGGAGAAGCGCGCCACGCUCAUCCUGGGCCUCAUCAUGGGCUCCUUCAUCGCCUGCUGGCUGCCCUUCUUCUUCCUGUACAUCCUGCUGCCACUGUGUCCCGGCUGCGACAUCCCAGACAGCGCAUUCGCCACCGCCUUCUGGCUCGGCUACACCAACUCAGCGCUCAACCCCGUCAUCUACACCAUCUUCAACAAGGACUUCCGCAGGGCGUUCCGCAGGAUCCUCUUCAAAUGAUGUUUGUUUGUGGUUUGCUGCUGGCUUUGCGCCCGCUGCCGGCGGGGGCGCGAUGCCCAGGGCAAACCCGGAAAAGAUAAGCACCACCACCAACAUCAGCAGCAUCCGCAGCGGAGGUGAUGUGUCGUCGCCCCGGCUGCAGCGUCCACCACUGGGCCCCCUCACGCGUCGCCAAGUGACGGCGGUGGACGUCAAGUGCAAGUUGUACGCCGCCGAUAGUCACAGCCCGGACAUAAAAAGCGACGGCGUCCGAGUCGCUGAGCUGUUCAUGUUCCUAGCGGCAUGGAGGAAACCGCAAGACAAGCUUGGGAUCACAAAACAAAAGAUAAGCCAAGACGAAACACCAUCUUUAUUAUAACGUGACACGCAUACAGCAAUAACUAGGCUAAGGUGUAGUUUUCGUACAAGUUGCCACCCGCCCCAUAUAAAGAGAAACGCCGCUGUAGAGUACGUGUGUACUGGUGAGUGGAGACAUAAAUUUAAAAUGUGGCCUGUAUCGCCUUGACACUGGACGUGUUUGAGGAUAAUUUCCUGCGAGGAGUUUGCUCUCGCACUGCCAGCUCUGGCAAUCAGGACAACUUUGUUUCAGUUAUAUAGUUUUACUACGCCUGGAAGAAUUAUUCAAGUUAUUCUAAAGAUGGUGUACAAACAUAUUCCUCUAUUACGUUAACAUUCAUACUGCAAAUACCACAGCCGGAACCAUUAGCUCACUAAAAAACGUUUUCCGAGUCCUCGUGAUCUCAUUGUAGGACAGAACCAACAGGAAAAAAAUUCCAUUCAUUUACUAUUGUAUCACCUACCUCGGUUGUCCAUGAAAGUGAUAAAAACUACUAUGAAAUUAUUUGUCCUCAGUCACCCCACGACAGUAGCUAGGCAACACGCAGAAACAGAAUUUGUUGUUUUAUAUUUUGUAUACAGUUUUCCCAAUAUUUCAUACAACACAUCAGUGAAUGACUAGGAAGUAUCUGAAACACUGAAUCAGGUACAAAAAUCACUAUAAACUUGAAAAACACAGAGCAGAAAUUUUUCACAGUGUCAUCGAGACGUGUGCGAUCAGCUUGUUCUGAUGUUAACUCGCUUAUAACCAAAGUCAAUCAAAGAACAGUGUAUGUACCACAUACCAACCCUGUUAGCGUGUCAAAGUUACGCACUUAAUUUACAUGCACCUUGUCAGCAGAAGAUGAAACUAUUGCAUGUUUAGAAUUCUACACAUCAUAACGCCAUAAUAACAACAAAUAAUUCAGAGCAUAUUUUUUUAUGAAGUUUAGCAAGUUCUUGCUACACACUCUUGUUUAGACAGUGAUCGUAUAAAUCUUUUAUUAAGUAUUUCAAUAAGGUGUUAAUUUGUAAGUGACUGUCAUCUGACUCUUAACUUUGCUUCAAGUUUUAGACCUUUUCGGCUGACAACGAGAUGAAAAACAACAUAUUUCUGAAUAAAUAAAGAAGUGUUUGUUAAGUAAUGUAAAUGUUAAUACUCUGUAUGAUAACUGCCAUCAUCGUCAACCAUCUCUAUGUCAUCAUAGAACAGAGUAGCGAUCAUUGUGUUCCUCUCCAUUGUUAUAGCGCCACAGCACUACGAAUUAUGAAACAUUGUUUUAAACAAAGUUAAGACAAAUAAGCCUCCUGGAUAAUGUUUUUAAAUUGAACGUUCCAACUGAAUCAGAAACUUCUUCUUUUCGUUAACGGACCAUCUAGGGCUCCAAUAACUUUCUCUUUAUCGUUGUAUGAAGAGUGGAUGAUUGUUAAUUCAGCAGUUGUAAUUUUUUUAAUAAUCUUGAAAAUGCCCUGAUUUUUAAAUUCAAAUAGCAUGUAGUGCAUACAUUUUAUGGCGAUAAGAAUGAAAGAUGGUUUAUUCUUUUAUCACCACCAAUUGCUAGUACAAUCAUUGAGGACACACUCACAGAAGUGAAUGUAUCUUUUGUACUACGUCCAGUGUGUAAAUGUUUUGACUGAAUACUUGUUGUUGCCUUAAAACGACGUAAUGGGGGACUUAAAGGAUGCUAGUUAUCUCUCUUUCAAAACGACGUUUCGAUAUUUCUUGGCAAAAAUUACCUGUUGUCUCAGUUUCUUUUCGUUAUCGUAUCGUUUACUCCAUACUCAUCCUUUUAUACAUUAUCAUGACUUUCAUUCUAUGAA